AUGGGGGACGUAUCCACGAUUCAACGUCCAUCCGGCACUGUUGCCAAGCAGGGUGAUCAGGUUGGGGAGCUGGUGUCGGCCGGAUGGACCAACGAGACCCACAACAUGUACAUCAGCUCCAUGGAGGUGUCCUUCAUGCAGCAGCUCCGUGACCAGCAGCAGCACCACCACCACGCCUCUCCCGACAGGAGCAUGAUCCAUGUGGGUAGUGGCCAUGGGCUCAAGGUGCUCCAAGAGGGAGCCUCUGAUAACCUCGGGUCUGAGAAGAACGUACCUCGCCCGCGUGAUGUUGGUGCACGAGGCACCGAUACAGUUCAAGCGAUGGCUCCGAAGCAUGGAAGAGGAGUGAGCACUUGCGUCAGAGGAAAUCCUGUUGACAGAACCUCAGGUUGUUACACUUUUCAUCUUGUUUGCUGAUUGUUUCCUUCAGCGUAUGUUUUGUUCAGUUUGACAGAAGUUUAGAAUUGUUAUGCGGUGUUGACUGGCUGUUAGUCUGAUAUUAAUUCAGAAGCUUUGAUUUUCCUUGGUAUAUGUUGUGUUCAGUUCCGGCAGAAGUUCAGAACUGUUAUGCAGUGUUGGCUGUUAGUGUGAUAUGAAUCUAUAAGUGUUGAUUUUCCUUGGUACAUGUUGUGUUCAGUUUUGG